AUGCCGCCUCACGGAGGGACACGACGACACAUCACAUAUGCUUGUGGUAGCCGAGGCGUCAUCGUUUUCAGCCGCAGUCAUCGUCGGGAGUCAGCGUUUACUGCGCACUUGCUGCAAUGUGAGCAGUCCCACCGUCUCGUGACCUUGGGGUUGGCUUCUUUGUGCGACAGACGGCGGUGUCUUGUCGGCUGGCAGUUGGCAUGGUUGGCUGUGAUGAUACAUAGUGAUGGACACGUCGUUGGAGGGGGACUUGUCAAAUUCAGUUAG